AUUUUGUCAUUUUUCUUUCUCUUUUCUUUCCAUUUCAUUUCUUCAAAAACCAAAAUCACCACCGUUGCCAUCACCAUUCAUCGCCAUCACCACCGUUGCUUGUGUUCAUCUCCACCACCGUCGUUGUGUUCAUCGCCAUCAUCGUCGUUGUGUUCAUCGCCAUCACAGAGUUCAUCACCAUUCAUUCAUCACUGGAAACCACCUCGCCGGAAAACAACCUCGCCGAAAACCAUCGUCGCUGUGUUCAUCGCCAUCACAGGCUGUUUUCGUUUCUGUUCUUGACGAGUUCACUCGUUCGCCACUCAGUCCUAAUUGUCACUCCGAACGCCGUUCACAUUAGUUCAUCACCAUUAAACAUCCCGGGAAGCAUCAUCAUCACCAUUCAAACGAAACAAACAACAAAAUGAGGAAAACAAAACAGGUGAAAAAAACUAAAGAGCUAGAGCCAUUGCCAUCAUUCAGUAUUGGACUAACACAAAUGGAACAGGAGGAAAGGAAUGUCACUGAUGGUGAUAAAAAUAAGAAGCAAAAAACAAAAGAGGCUAAGGGCAAAGAAAAAAAACAGCACAUAAAGAUGAGUAAAAAAAAGAAACAAGAAAAUGAAGAACAAUUGGAGGAGGAGCGGAAAGAAGAGGCUAAAAGUAAAGAAAAGAAUGAAGGAAGUUCAGAUGAGGAAAAUGCAAAGCAAAGACUGAGGCAUAAGAUGAGAAUACCUAAUGUGAUCGUGCUUAGUGUGCAGUAGCUUCUGUGAGUGGCCUUGCCUCACUGUGUCGUC